AAGAAGAAGAGUCUACGGAUCAAUGCUGUCUGUUCGGUGUUUUUACAAACACUAAAGUUAUAAAUGACAAUAUCAAAACAGCGAAAGUGACAUACAAAGAAGAGGAGCGGCUGCUACACGUUUUGCAAAAAUGAAGCUCAACAUCGAGGGUCUGCUGGUGUAUUUCCCGUAUGACUACAUAUAUCCGGAGCAGUACUCCUACAUGCUGGAGCUGAAGAGGACUCUGGAUGCCAAGGGCCAUGGAGUCCUGGAGAUGCCUUCAGGAACAGGGAAGACCAUCUCUCUGCUGUCUCUCAUCGUUGCCUACCAGAAGACCUUUCCUUUGGAAGUGACCAAGCUAAUAUACUGCUCCAGAACAGUUCCCGAGAUCGAGAAGGUUGUGGAGGAGCUGAGGAAGUUGAUGGAGUUUUAUUCCAAGCAAACUGGAGAGAGCAACAACUUCCUGGCUCUGGCUCUUUCCUCCAGAAAAAACCUCUGCAUCCACCCGGAGGUGAGCGCGCUGCGCUUCGGGAAGGAGGUUGACGGGAAGUGCCACAGUCUGACGGCAUCGUACAUUCGCGCACAACGCCACAGCGACCCCGACAUGCCUGUGUGUCGCUUCUAUGAGGAGUUUGAUGUAGUCGGACGACAGGUGCCUCUUCCUGCUGGCGUCUACAACCUCGACGACCUGAAGGACUUUGGCAGGAGGAAAGGCUGGUGUCCUUAUUAUCUGGCCCGCUACUCUAUCUUGCAUGCCAACAUUGUUGUGUACAGCUACCACUACCUGCUGGACCCCAAGAUAGCUGACCUGGUGUCCAAAGAGCUGGCCAAGAAGUCUGUAGUGGUGUUUGACGAGGCUCAUAAUAUAGACAAUGUGUGCAUCGACUCCAUGAGUGUGAACAUCACCAGGCGAACACUUGACCGCUGCCAUACCAACGUGGACACUCUUCAGAACACAAUACAAAAGAUAAAGGAGACGGACGCUGUUAAACUGAAGAUGGAGUACAGGCGAUUGGUGGAGGGAUUGAAGGAAGCUAAUGUUGCCAGGGAAACGGACGUCUACCUUGCAAAUCCAGUGUUACCUGAUGAAAUUCUGAAAGAGGCGGUCCCCGGCAAUAUUCGCACAGCAGAGCACUUUGUGGGUUUCUUGAAACGUUUCCUGGAGUAUCUGAAGUCCCGUCUGAGGGUCCAACAUGUUGUACAGGAGAGCGCCCCGCAGUUCCUCAAAGACAUCUUCGACAAAGUCUGCAUCGACCGCAAGCCUCUCAGGUUUUGUGCAGAGCGGUUACAGUCGCUACUACGGACUCUGGAGAUUGCUGACAUCGCCGAUUUCUCAGCCGUUACUCUCAUCUCCAACUUUGCCACCCUGGUCAGCACCUACAGCCAAGGUUUCACAAUAAUCAUUGAACCCUUUGAAGACAGAACUCCAACCAUUGCCAACCCUGUGCUGCACUUCAGCUGUAUGGACCCGUCUAUUGCCAUCAAACCUGUUUUUCAGAGAUUUCAGUCGGUCAUCAUCACCUCGGGGACUCUCUCUCCGCUGGACAUCUAUCCCCGAAUCCUCGACUUCCGUCCUGUUACCAUGGCAUCCUUCACCAUGACGCUGGCACGGACCUGCCUCUGUCCUCUGAUUGUUGGCAGGGGAAAUGAUCAGGUGGCCCUGAGCUCCAAGUUUGAGACCAGAGAAGACUUUGCUGUGAUUCGUAAUUAUGGAAACUUACUUCUAGAGAUGUCUGCGAUCGUUCCCGAUGGCAUUGUGGCAUUCUUCACCAGCUACGUCUACAUGGAGAAUAUAGUGGCGUCUUGGUAUGAACAGGGUAUCCUGGAGAAUAUCCAGAGAAACAAGCUGAUCUUCAUUGAGACUCCGGAUGCUGCAGAGACGAGCAUGGCCCUGGAGAAAUACCAGGAGGCAUGUGAGAACGGCAGAGGAGCAAUCCUCCUGUCUGUGGCCAGGGGAAAGGUGUCCGAAGGAAUAGAUUUUGUGCAUCAUUUUGGGCGGGCCGUCAUCAUGUUUGGAGUGCCUUACGUUUACACGCAGAGCCGCAUCCUAAAGGCUCGUCUGGAGUACCUCCGGGAUCAGUUUCAGAUCAGAGAGAAUGACUUUCUGACGUUUGACGCCAUGCGUCACGCAGCCCAGUGUGUGGGCAGAGCCAUCAGAGGAAAGACUGACUACGGACUCAUGAUCUUCGCUGACAAGCGUUAUGCCCGAGCAGACAAACGUGGGAAGCUUCCUCGCUGGAUACAGGAACACAUCAAUGACGGCAGCCUGAACCUCACCGUGGACGAGGCUGUCCAGCUGUCCAAGCACUUCCUGCGGCAAAUGGCUCAGCCUUUCAGACAGGAGGAUCAGCUGGGUCUCUCUCUGUUGACUCUGGAGCAGCUGGAGUCAGAAGAGAUGUUGCAGAAAAUUGCUAAGAUUGCUCAUCAGACCUAAAGGUGACAUGUAUGCACCGUCAACACCCAUGAUGGGGUCAGCACCCGUUAACAAUGAUGUGUCAAAUAGCAGAUGGAACUUAAUUAAAUGAAAGAUUUAGUGUGCUAGAUGUACAGUGCAGGGUUACAACACCAGAACAUCACAAAAAACAGUUUAGAUAUGUCAGAGAGUUUGUUGGUCAUCACUAAACAAACCAUGAAAAGUAUUGGAAACACAUGUUGGCUCAGCUCUGGUGGCUACAAUAAUGAUUUCUGAUUGGAUAACGGUCAGUCGGUGUGUAGUAAUUACACAGAAAAGACACAAGCCAUCAGUAUUUCAGGUCACACACUGAGUCUACAGAAUAUUGGCACACAGCUGUCACCCACACCUUCUACGUAGUGCUGCGUUUCAAACAUAUCUAACACAGAUUGUGACUGAUUUUGCAGUUUUAUGGAGUUGGUCCUAAGAUUUUGUAUACUUUGUGUAUUCAGUAGUACAGAUCACUGACAGCUGUACUGUGGGAGCAUGUAACAGAAAUAUAGAAUCUUUUCCAAAAACACAUUUAUCACUUUUCAAACCAAAAAAAAUUCAUGCGUGUUGUUUUUUUUGAAGGUGUUUUGAUUCAAACAAGACAGGCAGAUUAAAAAUAAGUUCAGUGUGGUAAACAUGUUGCAUUAACUAAAACACUGCUCCAUCUGUGGGUGUAACAUUGGUCCAUAUAGCGUCUGUCAUACAGACUACUGUACAGAAAUACUCUAUGUAGCUUUUAUACUGAACGUGAAUAUUUGUAUUUGUUUUUCAAUCAGGAAUUUGGAAUAUAAAUGUUUGUAUUUAA